AUGCAGCUGUUGGGUAUCUUCUUCAGAGGUAUUGAUUGGAGGUCUCAGAUGGCUCUUGAUGCAGCAAGCAAUGGAAACUUCAACACUAGAUACCUUGACGAAGCUGUUGUGCUCAUCGAAAACUUGGCAUCUAGCAAUAGUACCAAGAAGAAUGCUGAUUAUGAGCGAAAGAAGCUGGCUGGGAACGUGGAUGGAUCGCAGAUUGCUGAGGUGAAGGCUAAGCUUGACUCCGUGCAUAGCCUUCUAGUGGGUAAGAAGUCUGUCAGAUUCGCACAGGAAGUGGAGAGUUUCGAACCUGAGGAUGAAGCUGAGGAGGAAGAUAUCAACUUUGUCUGUGGAUCAGGGUUUCAGGGUCAAAGGUUUGGUAAUCAGCAAGGUAACAGAAGCUACAGUGGAAACAAUCAGAGGAGCACCUUCAACAGCAGUCAAAACUUAUCUGGUUACACGCCUAAGCCUCAAUACCAGAAGCCUUAUUCCAACAACAGUUUUUCCAGAAACUACAGCACUUCUUCAGCUCAACCUCAAACUCCUGACAAUGAGAUGAAGUCUAUACUGGAACAAAUUCUGGAAGGUCAGCAGAAGCUCACCGUGGACUUCAAUGAAAAGAUGAAUGCUCUCUACCUUGAUCUGAAUGGGAAAAUCGAGGCUUUGAACACCCAUAUCAAGCAGCUUGAUACGCAGGUUGCUCAAACAGCAGGGUCUGUGAAACGACAAGAAGGUUUUCUUCUUGGGAAGACUGACACCAAUCUGAGGCAUCACUGCAGUGGCAUCACGUUGAGGAGUUGUAAAAAUUUGAGUUAUGAGCCCAAAAAGACGCCACCUGCAGCUGAGGUCGUGGAUUUGGAAGAUCCUGAAGAAGUUUCUAUAGUUGCAGAGCCGGUGUCGAGCGACACCACAACCAGUGUCGCUCGUCACCAAUUGCAGAGCAAAGCUGAUAUUGCUCCAAGUCCAAAAUCUGCUGAGGAGAAGGUCUACAAACCUAAGGUUCCUUAUCCAAGGAGCCCUAGGAAGUCCAAGCAAGAGCUAGAUGAUGCACGGUGCAAAGCUUUGAUGGAAAAGCUUGUGAUUGAGAUACCUUUGGUUGAUACUGUGAAAAUCACACAUGUUAUCAGGCGUUAUGUGAAGCGAAUGGUGAUCAACAAUCACAGCCAUGAACAAGGGGUGAUGAUGAUUUCUGAUCAAGUCAGUGCUGUAAUUCAGAACCAAAUUCCGGAGAAACUGUAUGAUCCAGGAAGCUUUGUCUUGGAUUGCUCCAUCUUCACGGAGAGAUUCAAAAGAUCGCUGUGUGAUUUGGGUUCAAGUGUCAAUCUCAUGCCAUAUUCAGUCGCUGUCAAUCUUGACAUGACUGACUUCAAGCCAACAAGGAUAUCUCUUAUCCUGGCUGAUCGAUCGACAAGGAUACCUGAAAGAGUAUUGGAAGAUGUUCCAAUCGAGAUUGGAGACUGCAUGAUACCGACUGACUUUGUGGUUCUGGAGUAUGGAGAGGAGCCUAAGGAUCCUCUUAUCCUUAUGAGACCUUUUCUAGCUACAGCAAGUGCUAUCAUCGAUGUCAGGAAAGGCAGGAUCGCUCUGAAUGUAGAUCUGGUGAUGAACUUUGAUAUGGAAAAGCUGAUGAAGAAGCCUACAAUUGAUGGUCAAAGCUUCUAUGUGGACACACUCACAGAAUUUGCAGAGGAGAUCCUCCAUGAGAUGCGACCCACAGAUCCACUGGAGAAAGCUUUGACCGCAUCUACAACUGAAGCUGAGCACUUGGACAAAAUUUCAGCAUCUUACUUGAAGAUGUUGGAUUCCAGCGAGCAUGUCAUGCAGUUGGCAGUGCAGAUAGAUCAACUUGUGCCUCCUGCAAAGGCUAAGCAAUUCUCCGACUGGAGUGAAGAGAAGGCACCCAAGAUCGAGCUCAAACAACUCCAUGCAGGACUAAAGUAUGCAUUUUUAGGAUCUAAUUCCACUUAUCCAGUCAUUAUCAAUUUUUCUUUGAACAACGCCGAGGUUACCUUACUGCUGAGCAAGUUGCGCAAGUAUCGCUAG